AUGGCUACGGAGACGCUUUUAAAAACGAACAAGUAUUCAAAGUAUAUAUCAUAUAGGAAAAUUUUGUAUCAUAGGUUUUUUGUUGGCCUACUAUUGUUUAUAGUGGUGUCUCUCGUGUUUACUGUGCUUUUUAAUGUUUAUGCGGGAAAUUCACCACGGACCGAAAUAUACAAAGCAGUGAAUUUGGAUUUAGUGAGCUUAGAAGUGAGAAAAAUAAAAAUUAAUUCCCCCUAUUCCGAGCCCCGCAAUACGAAUUGCACGUAUUGGAGUUGUUUUAACGUAUACAAAUGUGGUAGAGGCGGCCACGACAAAAUAACUAUAUACAUAUAUCCUCUAAAAGAGUACAGAACUGAUGAUGAUAGACUUAUUUCACAGUUAUCUAGAGAGUUUUAUGAAAUUCUAGAUACAAUAAGACAUAGUAAAUAUUAUACCGCGAACCCUGAGGAGGCUUGCUUGUUGGUGCCCAGUAUUGACACAUUGAACCAGAAUACUUUUUCAAGUGAACAUGUUUCUCAAGCGUUGUACUCCCUUGAACACUGGAACAAUGGAGAAAAUCACCUCAUAUUUAACAUGUUGCCUGGCACUGCACCGAAUUAUGAAACAGUUGUCAAACUUAACACCAGUAAAGCUAUUAUAGCAGGAUCUGGUUUCGACACAUGGACUUUUCGAUAUGGAUUUGACAUUUCAUUACCAUUAUACAGUCAUAUUGCUACAGGAAUUGAUAACACACAACCAAAACAGAAGAACUACCUUAUUAUAUCAACACAACAAAAUAUUCCAGAUGAUUAUCUAGCUGAAUUGCAGAACAUUGCAUCUUCAUCAAAUGAUUUAUUAUUACUUGGUAAAUGUAAGGCAGAAUCCAAUAGGAUGGAUCAUACCAAACGCUGUGAAUACACUACAGGAAGAGUGUUCAAUUAUCCAGAUAUAUUAAAAGAGGGUUUGUUCUGUUUGGUUGUUCGUAGUGCAAGACUGACUCAGUCCGUUUUAAUGGACAUUUUGGCAUCACAAUGUAUUCCUAUUAUUGUAGCAGAUACUAUAGUCUUGCCUUUUAAUUCUCACGUGGAUUGGCACCGUAUUUCAUUAUAUAUACCAGAAGAAAAUAUAAAAAAUUUGUUAAGGAUAGUUCAUUCUGUUAGUAAAGAGAGGCGGGGAGAACUUUAUUGGCAGUUGAGAUGGGUUUACGAGAGAUAUUUUGCCAGUAUUAAGCAAAUCACAUUAACAACAUUGGAGAUUAUAAAUGAGAAGGUUUUUCCUUUAGCAGCAAGAAUGUAUGAGGAAUGGAAUAUGCCUGAACAUUUGUAUGGUCCUGUGAAUCCAUUAUUUCUUCCUGUAACUGCACCAAAAUCGCCUGGCUUCACAGCAGUCAUAUUAACUUAUGACAGGGUGGAAAGCCUAUUUAUAUUAAUUAGGAAGCUGGUGAAAACUCCCAGUCUUGCUAAGAUACUUGUUGUGUGGAAUAACCAGAAGAAAGCACCGCCGCCAUCUUCGGAAUGGCCCGUUAUCAACAAGCCGUUGAAAGUGAUACGAACGAAAGAGAACAAACUCUCAAACAGAUUUUUUCCGUACGACGAGAUAGAGACGGAGUGCCAACUGACGAUCGACGACGACAUUGUGAUGCUGACGCCCGAUGAGUUGGAAUUUGGUUUCGACGUAUGGCGGGAAUUUCCCGAUCGUAUUGUUGGCUUUCCAUCUCGCUUGCACGUCUGGGACAAUGUUACCGCGUCCUGGAAGUACCACAGCGAGUGGACCAACCAAAUCUCAAUGGUGCUAACUGGUGCGGCGUUCCACCACAAGAUCUGGUCGUGGUACUACACGUACAAGAUGCCAGCCGAGAUCCGAAGCUGGGUCGAUGAGUAUUUCAACUGCGAGGACAUCGCGAUGAACUUUCUAGUCGCGAACAUCACCAGGAAGCCGCCGAUUAAGGUGACGCCCCGCAAGAAGUUCAAAUGUCCCGAGUGCACGAAUACGGAGAUGCUGUCGGCCGAUGCUCGCCACAUGUCGCAGAGGUCGGGCUGCAUCGACCGCUUCGCCCGCAUCUACGGCAACAUGGCGCUCAAGCCGGUCGAGUUCCGUGCCGACCCGCUACAGUACCGGGAAAACUCCGGGAUCCCACAGCUUUAUCCUGACAUCGGCGCGCUUUGA